AUCACCACAAAAUGUCGGGACAUUUUAGGCCACCAACAUCGGCACAUGUGCUGCGCAAAAUCAAACAAUUAUCGGUACCCAAACCAGAUGCCAUUUACAUGAACAACCGGAACCCAAGGAAUUUGGAAAAAUUACGUAUUGCCUAUAAACCAAUGGGUUACCAUCUGGAGAAGCCGGGACGAUCAUUUUGGCAUAAACUGGAGGUAAAUGUUUCGGGGCGUUAUGUGACCGCGGAGGUGAAACAUUUCCAGAAUGGACCUAUAAUCUCCGCCAGUACCUCAGAGUGGGCGAUUAAAAAGCAACUUUUCAAAACUAAAGAUACCACAGCCUUUAUUAACUUGGCCCGCGUUCUGGCAUCCCGUUGCCAGCAAUCCGGUAUAACCGAAAUGCUGUGCAACAUUGAAGCAGUACCCGGUGGCAAAUUGGAUAAAUUCCUAAAGACAGUAGAAGAGAACGGCAUUGCGCUCAAAGAAUCACCACAGUAUGUCAAUCCCAAACCAUGGGAUGCGACACGGGAGGACAAACCCUGGGAAGUCUUAGAGGAUGAUAUUAAGAACUAG